ACUAGGGCAGCAGAGAUGGAGCGCAGGUGGUGUCUGCUGGUGCUGGCGGCGGCGGCGGCGGCGGCGGGGCUGCCCGGGGUGGUGCGGGGGACGGUCGAGGUCAUGAAGGACGUCACGCUCGGCUUCGGGGAGGCGCUCGAGCAUUGUCGGGAGCAGUCGCAGCUAACAGAAGAGAUGAUGGAGGAGUUCUACCACUUCUGGCGGGAAGACUUCAAGUUCGAGGCUCGCGCCGUGGGCUGCGCCAUCCACUGCAUGAGCCGCUACUUCAACCUGCUGGGCGAGCAGCAGAGAAUGCACCAUGAUAACACGCACAAGUUCAUACAGAGCUUCCCUAAUGGCGAAGUCCUCUCGCACCAGAUGGUGGGCAUCAUCCACACGUGCGAGCAGCAGCACGACGCGGAGACGGACGACUGCUGGCGCAUUCUGCGAGUGGCGGAGUGCUUCAAGCGGGAGAGCCAGGCGCAGGGGCUGGCUCCGUCUAUGGAGAUGCUGAUGGCAGAGUUUAUUAUGGAGGCCGAUGUGUGACGGUGGUGUUAAGAGUGGAAGGCCCCGGGUUCGAUCCCCGGCAUCUCCAAUCUUUUUGAUUUUCUGCUGCUGAAUUGUGAAUUAAUUUUUUACAUACAUUGCUAUGCGAAAUUUGCAAGUAAGUAUUUCUCAUCAUUUUCAGAGUAAGGAUAAACAAAUAAAUAAUAUUCGUAGUAUUUAUUUUUAUUACGGAAGAGAGCUCUACACAAAUACCGAUCUUAAUAAUUAUGUUUCUUUAUGCGGUUACCAGCUUCUCCUUACGAGUAAAAUAAGCAAAUCAUAGACCAAAACACACUUGAAAAUUACAAAAGAGACUUUGACCCCGACGUGAUUUGAACACGCAACCUUCUGAUCUGGAGUCAGACGCGCUACCGUUGCGCCACGGAGUCGAUGCAUACUGAGUCGAAAUUAUGAAAGAUUUGACAGAGACAGUAUUUUUAUAAUAAAAUUUUACCCAUGAUCAAAAAGAGGGAGAUCUUAGGUUACCCUAGUGAAACUGAGUUUUCUGGAUUUAACCGUCCAAUCUGAUAUUAUAUUUAUGAUAAUCAUAAAUCAUUAACUGACAGAGCUCGCAUAUUAUAGGUAAGUACAUAAUAUAUUCUCAUUAGCUCCUGCUGGUUUAUAAAUUAAUCAUUUGUAUUAUGGGAAUUUCCUGAACAUUUGUUCAACAUACUGUUCGUAAGGUUGUUAUGAGCUGCAUGUGAUUUUCCUUGUUUAGUUAUCUGACGAUGUGCAUAGAACAGUGCAUUUGCGUAUUGCAAUGGCAGUGUCGGGCAGGUUCGCUCAAUAACUUAUUUUAAUCCAAAUGAAGAUAUCAAUCUUAUAAGAUGAAAGAAGAAUACAAUACUAGGGUAUUUGUAAAAACACUGAUUGUACUCACGACGAUUUCCGCAGCAAGUUCCAAGAUAGAUGUGAGUAUCCUGGCCGAUCUCUAUUCCCUGCAGUUCCCGCCAGUGCCACCGCACAUUGAUCGCGUUAAACUUUUCUUUUCACCUUCCAAGGCUUCAACUCUAACCACAAGGAAACCCACCACUGAAACUAAUAAAGUUCACCGAUCGACUACAAGGACCGCCAUCAAAACUUUUGAACGAAAAGAAAGUGUUAAAAAAACGGGGAAAAAUGUUGGCGAAAAUACGAUGUUGCCAGCAUUGAGUCAAAAAAUAGUUGUGAACACAAAUAAAAAUAAAAAGAAAGUGAAAAAAAUAAAAAACAAAAAUAAUGAUAUUCUUUCAGCUUCAAGACGUAGUGAGUGUGAACGUAUAGCUAAAGAAAUUAUAAGAAAAAUUGAGAGCGAAUCUAAACAA